GAUGGCGGCGACGGUGGCGACUAUGGCACCGGCGGUGCGAGAGCUGGUGGACCAGCCUCUUAAGGGUCUGGGAGAGCUCUACGAGAACUCGCUCAAGGCUAUGCUGGUGUGCGGACUGGAGUUUUACUUAUCUGCGUCGCUAGUGGCGUCGUUCUUCCAGUGCCCAGAUGAGAGUGUGCAGGCCGAACAGGAACUGCAGACACUCUACACAUUGGCCUGGGUACCCAUGGCGUUUGCCACCAUGCUUGUGUAUGGUCCCAAGAUCUCAAGCACGAUCUUCCCGAAUCCAGAACACUUUGAGCGCAAUGUGCUGCGCUGCAAGAUUCUCACGUGGCUCUACGCCUUCGCGUUUCUCGUCUGGGACCCCGACAUGGUCAUCAAGACAGGCCCGUCGCUCGGUGUAUCGAUUCUCUUUUGCGUGGCAGACGUUGGCCGCUUCGUUAUGGAUAUGAAGCACUUGACGGACGUCGAGUAUGAUGAGAACGGCAACUCGUUCAUCAUUCACGACAAAGCACCGCAUCAAGACCACGGACAGCAAAAUUAUCAGCAGAUCCAGCAACAUAACGAGCCUCAGGAGCGACAACCACCUCAGCAGCAACCACAUAAUCAGGAGGAAAGCUACACAGUUCAUGUGGUAGGAGCAGCGCAGGAGGCUCCACAGAAACCGAGUCAAAACAGGCCAAACAGUCCCGCGAAGCUUGUGCAGAAUUUACCGAGUCCAGUAGAACAGCAAGGGCCACCAGCACCACUGUUUGGAGCUACAAACAAAGCUGGUAGUCGGCGGCGACUGGGAUCCCGCAAGGGCAAACGGGGUCAGAAUUUAGCUCUGGAUCAGUCUCCGUCGGCAAUAAACAGCGAGUUUGUCGCGGUGUUGGAUCCCAACGCGGAGAAGGAAGCCGCUGAGCUUAUUGCCAAGAAAUCCUUCACGUAUGAGUUUUAAUAAGCAUCUCCUGCAUUAGUUUAGAGGUACAGUAACCGUAUAAGACACAUUCAUGACAGCAGCACAG